AUGGCCAGCAAGGCCCCGCAGGCUGCCUUUGUCGAAGAUUUCGACGAAGACGCGCAUGCCAGCCUACCCGAAACCCGGCAGGUGGCCAAUGCCAAUACCGCUGCCAAACUAUCCAGGUUGGAUCUGAGAUUCCCGGAGCCGCUGAUUGACGGCGCCAGUGACUCAGGCUAUUCUAGUCGCACCGCUGCCACGGUCAACAGCACCCAAUCUGGGCCGUCAGGCGGAAAAAGUCCUCCCGUCCCUCUUAAGCUGGACACCACGCUCAAACGUUCCGACCUGCCUAGGAAAAGUUCCACCCGCAAAGAUCGCAAAGAGAAGGACCGAGCCCCCCGGUCUGCACAAGAAGAAAAGAUGGUCGGUGCCUAUCCGGGCUCCGCCCACUAUCCUCACGUGCCCCGGUCGCCGUCCAAGUCUCGUCGACGAGAUUCGUCCCAUGCCCGCCACUAUCACGACUCCGGUUACGAGUAUGCCAGUGGCCUCUACUACCCUUCCACCGCCGUCGAGCCCCGUGUCAUGGAGUAUUCGCGAUACAUCCCCCAGCGGCCUCCCGUGCCGGACUAUCUGCCGUCCUCUCCACGCACCCCACGCUACUCGCCAGCCGUGGUCCAGGAUAUCAACGUCAGUCGUUCGUCGGAUCGACCCGGCCGCUCGAACUCGUACCAUACCUAUCAUUCGAACGCUCGUCCCAUGAGCUUCCAUGGAAUGUUACCAGGGAUGGGGCCGGCUAUGUACAGCCAGCCCUCCAUGCACCCCUAUGAGCAACACGGCCCUCCACCCGCUUCAUCUGCCUAUGCCAACCCUCCGUCUUAUUCGUCGUCCCCGUACGGAGCAUCCUCGUACUACGCUGGAUCCGAGUUUGCCCCUCCUUUGGAGUAUCCACGGGAGCGGUCUCCAUCUCGUACCCGAGAGCCCUCACGGCCGCGACGGUCGUCGAUGUAUGGACCACCGGCAGUUGACUCAGGAGUCCUGUCACCUUGGUUCGAUGAUGACGAGCCCUUGGAACGCUGGUCCUCUCGUGAGGCCCGGGGCCGGGGCUCUGUCAAACCCAGCCAGGAACGUGACGAGGACUUCUAUCUCAUGCCGCCUCCACCACCGCCACCGCCGAAGCGUAGGGCCCCCCCGCAGAUCAUCCAGCAGAAGCGGCCGGACCCACCCCGGAAGUCUCAGACAAGCAGCGCCGUGCCCUCUCAGCGCCGCCCAUCCCGGACCCUGGAGAUGCCCGAACUGGCAGCUGUACUGCCAGACUACGGAAAUCGUCGGAUGUCUCGGGAGACGGCGCCGGAGCGCAGCCACAGCCUUCGAGAGAGCCCACGGUCGACUUCCUAUCACGAUAGCCGGCGGGCUGCCCGCGUGGCGGUCGAGAGCUCUGGGCGGCGGCGAGCCCCCAAACCCGAGAGCAAUGUCGGAUUGGCAGACCGCGAGCGCGAGGUCGAGAAAUACCAGGCCGCCCGCUCCGGGCGAGGGUCUGCCGCAACACCCCUGACGGCGGAAGCGCUACUCCCUACCAAAGCAGCCAACCGUACCGGCAGCGAGAGCGGCAGCCAAAAGAGCCGGUCGAACAGCAGCCGUGGUAGCGGAACAGGCUCCAAGGCGGAGGAAGACAAGAACAUGACGCUGAUGAUGAAUGGGAUGACUAUUGGCUUUACGCAGGAGUCAGUCGCAGGAAAGUCCAUCAACAUCCGAACCGGGGAUACCGGCGCCGUUCGAUUUUCCAUCGAGGGCAGCCGGCAACCCAAGAAUUACUUGACCGGCCCAAACUACUCCGAGUAUACGGGUAGCAGUGGCCGCCGGGAACUGGAGGAUGGCCGAGGCUCGCGGGAUGACCGGAAAUCAGACCGUGCUAGCCGCCGAUCCAGCCGGUCGACCUACAGCUCUGGCCGCUAUCGAGAUUGA